CAGCUCUCCUGGAGAAUUCAAACAUCAUCUUCCAAAGAGCCACAGCAAUGAAGGCAUUAGUGCUCGCCCUCCUCUUCUUCCUCGUUGUAGCCAGUGAAGCCAAACAAUUCUCCCAAUGUGAACUGGCUUCACUUCUGAAACAACAGGGCAUGGCUGGAUUUGAGCGUGUCAGCUUGGAAAACUGGAUCUGUAUGGUUGCUCAUGAGAGCAGCUUUGAUACCCAAGCUGUGGGUAGGAUAAACAGGAAUGGCAGUCGUGACUAUGGGAUAUUCCAGAUAAACAGCCGCUAUUGGUGCAACAAUAACCAGGGCCAUUCGCAUAAUAUGUGUAACAAGCCUUGCAGUGAUUUCUUAAAUGAUGACAUCAUAGAUGAUAUUGCUUGUGCUAAGAGAGUUGUGAGUGAUCACAAUGGGAUGAACGCCUGGGAAGGCUGGAAAAAGAACUGCAAAGGAAGAGAUCUGUCACAAUGGACUCAGGACUGCAACCUCUGAGACUGAUGAUCCUGCAUUUCUCUUCCUCCUCCUGGGAUGAAAACGAUGCUAUUUCUUAUAUAACCAACAUUUAACAACUUGAUUCUAUCCUUGUAUCCCACCUGUUGGGAUAAAUUGAUUUCUUUGCAUACAAAUGAUGAUUUUAAAAAGGUUUCUAGGUGAGGAAGACGGAACGAGUCUGCUUUUUCAAAUCUUCAAAACCUGCUUCAAUAAAAUGUAUAUUGUGCAUUAUUCCUUU